AUGACCGACGCAUACCCCGAAACCAAGCAAAGCUCCCGCGGCAACCACCCCCGAACCUCGACGCUAGGUGGCGCCAGCUCAGUCCCAACCCCAGCAAACAACACCGGCGGCGGCACAGGCUGGGGUGAUCCGGGUUUCUUCAAGGGUGGGUCGCAAGGUUCUGGUCAUGUAGCUCCCCCCAACGCCCAAGCGACCUUCGGCGAAUAUCUGCCGCUCCAGGAACAAAAUGGCGCCGCAUCAUCCAAAUUCGUGCAGCGCGCUACGGACAUGAACAUGGAUAUUUCGGGGGAGGGGUCGAACACCAGUUGUCAGACCGAGGAUCAUAGUUUUAUGUGUCAUCGGCCGGGUCAUUCGGAUACGUUGCCGGGGUGGUCGAAGGCGAAGAGUGCGGUUGAGGCGACGUUGCAUGGGCAGGGAAGAUAG